UCUGCUCACCUUUUAGAUAAGAUAGAAUUAGUCCUGCUUAUGACAGCACCCAAUCCAGAGCGACUUCCCACCUCUUUGAACUCGUCCUCCAAUCACAUGACAGAGCCGAAAUCCCAUGAGUCUCUUGAUAGCUUCUUGUGGAGGCGCUGCCCUAUUCCUCACGGCGUGGUAUCUUGCUUCACUGCAUGAGUCACCUUUCCCCACCUUACUUCACAGCUCCUGUGGAUAUUUUAAUUUUCUGCCCUUACAAGCUGCAAGAAACCAUUUGGUGACAUACAUUCAUUACAUUCCUGAAAGCACAUAGACUAACAUUCAUUCUCCUGCCUGGGGCUAAUCCCUGAGUUGCAUGGGUAACUUCACAAAGCCCAGCAUGGCUCCCAGAGUCAUCCUGUUGUCUCAGUCUGUCAUGCUGGCCACCCUGUGGCUGAUUAGCCUUUCUUUUUCCAUUCUGUGGGCCCAUUCAUCAAUUAGCUGUUCCUACAAGAGUCUCUGCCGGCGGGCCCUACUCUCAGGCAACAAUAUUGUCCUGAGGUGUGAUCAUCCCGGGGCACUCUGGUAUUUCACCUCCAUUCUAGGGAAGGCUGUUUUCCUCAUCAGUUCAAUACAUAACACAAAGAACCUGCCUGGGGGCAGCCUGCUGUUGGUCAACCCUCAGCCUUCCCAGUCCGGCCUCUAUAGCUGCCAGGACAAUCACAAUACCCUCACAGUGGAAUAUGAGAUUGACUUCCAAGAUGUCACCACAUUGCACAUUACACACAAAACCCUGGACCAACAGCCCCUGCAGAAUGAGACCCUGAUGCUAGGAGGCGAGGUGCUCAUCUUCACCCAGUGGGAGCCCUGGCAGGACUGUAACCUCUGCGGGGUGCCGGGUGAGCGCAAGCGCCUGGGCUACUGCUACAUUGAGGAGCCCGGAGAGAAACCCAUGCCCUGCGGGCUCUAUAUGGGAGAGGAGAAGCUGGCACACAGCCGCUUGAGGCCUGAGCUGCAGGUAGAAGCCUGCCUUGUGCCCUAUAACCCUGCUAAGGAAACCGACCAGCCAUACUUCAUCUUUGACAUUUACCAGCUGGGCAAGUUGACUGACAGCAUGUGGCUUACCUGCCCCUUGGCCUCCAUCUACAGGCCCAUCAGCUGGGAGGCUAACAAAAUCCCCUUGACCUGGCAGAACGAGCUCUCAGGCAAGAGCUACAACAGCACCCUGAACCUGGCCACUGGCGGCCAGCAGCUGCAGAUCUUCCAGCCGGCCAUUUACAGGUGCUUCGUAGAACAGGAGUUAGUAGCCCAGUUCAACCCCAUGGCCACCCUGGAGUUGCUGGCUCCUCCGAAGAGAGAAAACAAGACCCAGGCCCUGCCCAGGAAGGCAGACCUCGUUCCUCUGAAGUUGAAGCUGGUGCUGCUCAUGGGCAUAGCCCUGGCCUUGGGACUGCUGCUGUUCAACACCCUCUGCUCUGCCCCAGGCAAAAGCAGAAAACAGAUGCUGCUGGCAAAAUAAAAUGAGCCCUUGGGGUCCCA